GCUGUUCUCCCUCUCUUUCUAUACCUUCCUCAUUUCCCAAAACCCUAAGAUCGCCACCGUUCAUUCCAGAUGGGGCGAGUGAUCCGGGCCCAGCGUAAGGGUGCCGGCUCCGUCUUCAAGUCCCACACCCACCACCGCAAGGGUCCGGCCCGCUUCCGGUCGCUGGACUUCGGCGAGCGCAACGGCUACCUGAAGGGCGUCGUGACGGAAAUCGUCCACGACCCGGGCCGAGGCGCCCCACUCGCCCGAGUCACGUUCCGUCACCCGUUCCGCUACAAGCACCAGAAGGAGCUCUUCGUCGCCGCUGAAGGGAUGUACACCGGUCAGUUCGUGUACUGCGGCAAGAAGGCCAAUCUCAUCGUUGGCAACGUCCUCCCCAUUCGUUCGAUCCCUGAGGGUGCCGUUGUCUGCAACGUCGAGCACCAUGUUGGCGAUCGUGGCGUGUUCGCUCGGGCGUCUGGAGAUUACGCGAUUGUGAUUAGUCAUAAUCCCGAUAACGGCACUAGCAGGAUCAAGCUUCCUUCCGGGGCCAAGAAAAUUGUUCCAAGUGGAUGCCGUGCCAUGAUUGGCCAGGUUGCAGGUGGGGGCCGGACGGAGAAGCCCCUUCUCAAGGCAGGCAACGCAUACCACAAAUAUAGGGUAAAGAGGAACUGCUGGCCUAAGGUCCGUGGUGUGGCCAUGAACCCAGUGGAGCAUCCCCAUGGUGGUGGUAACCACCAGCACAUUGGGCACGCCAGCACUGUCCGUCGCGAUGCCCCGCCUGGCCAGAAGGUUGGUCUCAUCGCUGCAAGGAGGACUGGUCGUCUCCGUGGGCAGGCUGCUGCAACCGCUGCAAAAUCAGAGAAGGGUGCUUAGUGAGUUCAUCUGCCGUGUUACUUUUAGUUUAGAAAAUUUUACUAUGGGUUCGGACCAUUUCUGUUUCCCUUUUCAUUCUAGCUGUCAGAAUUCAUGGAAGUUCUGUUUGGAAUUUGGAUUGGUUGUCAGUUGCAUUAGAAUUUGAUUGCACUCUGUUAUAUCAUAUGAAUUUGGUGUGUGGCCCGUUAGGGUA